AUGCAACAUGUGCCCGCUACGCCAGCGCCCUCCCACCGCCGGAACGGGCAUGUCAGGCAGGCUUGGGCCACCCUCCUCACCCACGCGCACGCCCGAAGAGGCAGGAUAGCUGCAGAGGGAACUGUCGCCGCUGGGCCAGAGGAGGAAGGGCCAGCGAAGCGUCCGCGGGCAUCCUGUUCGCCUCUGAAGUUCCACAGCGAGGCUGAGCAGGACACAGAGGGCAGCGGGUGGGAGGAGGGUGGGAAGCCGGUAAGCAUCCGACACCACCAACGGCGACCGGACGCAGGAGCGGUGCCAGUCAUCAGUGGUGCUGAUGCUGGAGCGCGCGCGCGGGCGAGCAGCGCAGGGCAGCACGGACGGUCGACUGGCGGCAUCUGGUGGGAGUCCUGUGGUAGUGUGGUCGCUGGUGGCAGCGGCUGUGGCUGUCGCGUGGGCGUGGUGGUGAAGGUUGCAGCAGCAGACGACCAUUACCCAGGCCGUGGUGCGUCUAACGCAGCCGCCAUGCCGCACUGGGCUGGGGCCCGACCUAUUUUGGGCGGCCUUAUUAUUCGAGGGCACUGGAGCCAGAGGGAGAGAGCGAAAAACGGAACAUCACCAAGUCGUCGUCGAAUCAUGGCAUGCAUGCCCGCUCCUCUCGCUGCUGGCCUUGGCGCCGUCGGUGUCGUGUGUCGUGUGUCGACGGCGGCGGCGGUCUGA